AGCUAUAAAUAACUAAAAACACACAAAGGAUUGUUAUAUAUUCUGGAGUCAAAAAUAAAAAUAUAUUAUUCAGUUAUAGCUCGAUUUACACACAUAAGCACCUUUUAAUUUUGAAUCUUUUAUAUACAUAUACGAGCAUACAUAUAUAUUGUUCUUCAAAGUUUAAUAUAAAAAUAUUACAAUUAUUUUGAACUUUUUGGACUUUUGAUUUAUCCGGACAAUCUAUUUGAAACUUCAACUAAAAAAUAUAUAAUAGCUAACUUCGGUGAUGCAAAAAAAAAAGGUGUUUAAAAGUUAUUAAGUCAUAACUUUUUCAAAGUAUACUGCUGCAUUUGUAUCCACUAAAUUUGAAAAUUGUCCAAAUAAAUAAAAACAUUCGGCAAAAUUAUAACCCCUUAAUAAAUAGAAUACACACAAGGCGCCUAUAAAUUCUUUUUUGUUGCUUUGAAAAGUGGUAUGUCGAUAUGUCAGGAACACUCUACCCAGGGGACCUCACCUCACUCACUUCUUGGUUCUCUGACAAACUCACCUGCCGGUAAGGUGAACUCCACAGAUGUGACGUCUUCCGUGCAAGAGGGUGAAGGUGUGAACGCGGAGGGCGAACCCAAACCCCUGCGACACCCGUACGCGCCCAACAUCCUGGCGUUUCUGAACAAGAUGGUCGCCCACACACGAUCCGAGGCCAUCUCGACCACCCCAACGGAGACGGCCAGUUUUGUCCCUGGGGAGGGGAUCGAGCCCACACCCCCACGGGACGACAAGAGACGGGAGAACAACCCCCCCGGGGUCACAGGGGAACGCUUCGUCGCCUACAAAGGCGUCAUCCUGCGCACUGGCUUCGAGCAGGUCAUUUUCCCAGACGGCGUGUACCUGGGCACGCGCGACGUGGAUGGCCACCUCGCGGGCUGCGGGGGGGCGGAGUGGAAUAGUGGCGACGUCUAUGAAGGGGAGUGGCUCUCGGAUCGGAUGCAUGGGAGCGGGAUUUACACCUGGCCCGAUGGCGACUACUACGACGGUCAAUAUGUAAACGGUUAUAUGUGUGGGUUUGGUGUGAUGAAAGAUGCGGGUAGCACUUACAAAGGGGACUGGCUUGAUGAUAUGCGUGAAGGUAUGGGCAAGAUGAUUUACGCGAACAACGACGUGUAUGAGGGUGAGUGGCUUGCAGGCAUGCGACACGGUCGCGGCAAGCUGGUGGAAUCUAACGGAAAUGUGUAUGAAGGGGAAUUUGUACGCAAUGAGAGAGAGGGAAAGGGAAUUCUCACUAAAAAAAACGGAGAUGUCUAUGAAGGUGAGUUUAUGAUGGGGAUGUUUAACGGCCGCGGUAUGUACAUAUGGGCCGACGAAGUCAGGUACAUUGGGUACUUUAAAAAUGGUAUGAGACACGGUCAAGGUAUGGAAUUUCAUCCGAAUGGAGAACAGAUUUCGGGAAAUUUCACAUACGGUAAGAUCGAUCAACAACAUCAAGUCCUUCUGACCUCUAAGUCGGAUGACUUUGUGGCACCAGAGCUGCCGGAUAAUCUAGAAACGGCACUCGAGCCACUUCAACCCAAACAGCUGCGUCAGCUCACUAGCUCUGUUAUUAGAAAGGAAAGUAGUAAUUAUUGUAUCAGUAGCGGUGAUGAUUUUAAUAAGACCGUAUCGAACUAUGUGAACCCUGACAACAGCACCCCAGCGGUCAUAUCUACUGGUGAUGAACAAAAUACAGAACAUGAUAAAUUUCAACAACAAAAUACAGAAACAAAAUUAGAAAACGUUGGGGCUGGAUAUUACGAUGCUGAAGAGAGAAUAAAGGAAGUAGAUGAACAAGACUUGGAUAAAGAGCAUCCUCCCUGUGAAUUAAGUUCACAUUUGCUUCUCGCGUUUCCAAAGGAUAUUUUGUUGCCUGUAUUUUCUCCAUGCCCCUCUCCAAGUAAUAGCAGCCACAUGAAUUUGGGGGCUUCUAUCACAUCUAUGUCCUUCGGGUUGCCGAUCAGGCAAAGACCUCUUUCAGACAAAGAUCUACAAGACUGGAGACAGGUGAAAAUUAUCGGCAAGGGGAGCUUUGGCAGUGUCUAUGAGGCUCUUCUUACCUGUGGACGAACUGUAUGCUGUAAAGUCGUUCAUCUUGGCAACGCAGCCACACGAGAGGAUCUUCUCAAGUUGAAAAAUGAAAUCUCGCUUAUGAAGCGCUUGUAUCACACAAAUAUUGUUCAAUACUACGGGUGCCUAAAAAACAAAAGUGACAAAACGUUAAACAUCUUCAUGGAAUUUGUUAGCGGAGGGUCGUUAAGUAGCUUUGUGAAGAAAUUUAAGAAAAUUCCCUACGAAACGAUGAGGCAGUGGACGUAUCAGAUGGUCUGCGGGGUGCGCUACCUGCACAAUUGCGGUAUCGUGCAUCGUGAUAUCAAAGGUGACAACGUGUUGGUGUCCUUAGAGGGGAUCGUCAAGCUUGCGGACUUUGGCUGUAGCAAACAUAUCGACGUUUACAACUCAAAGGAUGGAUGUGCAACGAUGGUGGGUACGCCGUAUUGGAUGGCGCCGGAGGUGAUCAAAUGCGAUGCUCGCGGCUACGGCACCAAGAGUGAUAUCUGGUCUAUUGGCUGCACAAUUGUCGAGAUGCUUACAGGAAGACCGCCAUGGCCGGAGUGCAACUCUAUGUGGGCAGCAGUAUAUAAAAUCGCGAACUCUACUGACUUACCAACAGAAAUACCAAGGGAUAUCGAUCCGCAGCUGAUGAACUUAUUAGAGAAGUGUUUUGAACGUGACCCACAAAAGCGACCUUCUGCAGAGGAGCUUUUACAGCACCCUUUUCUAUCUGAUGUGGCAAAAGAUUCUCAACACGACAACAAAUCUAGUUAA